AUGACUGUUAGUGAACAAGCGCAAAUGAACCCGUCCACCCCCGUGAAACUGUCGCCGAUGGUGCCUCCGGUGAAGUCCAGCUACGGUGGAGAUGCGGAGCCCCACGCGAUCGCCAAAGGCAAGCGGAAGCCAGCGGGUCCGGUGAAAGGAGAGAGCUCCCAGCGACUCAAGACCGUUAGGGCGUGCGAUAUUUGCAAAGAGAAAAAGACUCGGUGCAGUGGAACUCGCCCAUGUACGCGUUGCUUGCGACUGUCUUUGGCGUGUGAGUAUGAGACGACGUACUCCCGGGGGCUGGGCCCACCACCGCCACCACCAUUGGAGAUUCCCUUUGAUGACCACUCAGGCGAGCAGCACCUCCUAAAACAUGACCCGAGCCUCCCACUGCCCAUUCAACAGCUCGCACAGCAUGAGUCCACCCAGGGUCCCACAAGCAAUAUUGAUCUCUUGACCGCGGACUUCCCUGGAGGCUAUCUAGACUUAGCGUCAGGAACCUCGUUUAUCAACCGAGUAUGUCAGGACCUCAAUCAAGGCAAGCCUUCUUCUAUUGGCGCGGUGAGCGUCUCGGAUGCAUUGCAGGGUGAACUCUCAGACAGCCCGUCGGUCACCAAAUUUGGCGACAAGCCAUAUUCGAGCCUAUACAAACUUGAUUUCACCCUACCCCCGUUGGAAAGAGCACUGGAGAUCGUGGCAACGUACUUCAACUCUGCCAUGGUGACUUACAGGUUCUUGCAUCGUGGUCAGGUGGAGCGAUGGGUUCGUCAGAUCUACGCUAGCAACAUUUCUGCAACAAACCCCCCUGCAGAAGCCAUGGUAGGACGAUGCUGUAUUGUUUACAGUGUUCUCGCCAUUGGAACCCUCUACGAGAGGCGAGCUCCGAACUCUGAAAUUGACCACGAUGAGCAGAGCGAACGCUGGUUUGCUCUUUCCAAGCGAAUGUCAGCGAUUGAGUCAGGUGCGCCACGACUGGAGACAGUACAAGCGCGACUGAACCGAAGCCUGUAUCUCCUUGCGUCUUCCCGAGCAAGUGAGUGCUGGUUCGCCUUCGGCACUACCGUUCAGUUCUUGACUGCCCUCAACCUACAUCGCAAAUGGCCGCCCACGAUGAUCAAUGAGGGCAAGGGUACUUACAUGGAGCAGGAGCUUCGGAAGAGAACAUUUUGGAGCGUAUACACACUGGAUAAGUACUUGAGCGUGAUGUUUGGUCGACCGCGGCUGCUACACGAUGAAGACUUUGAUCAAGAGCUUCCAGACGAGGUGUCGGAUCAAGACUUGUUGGUUAACGAUCCGAGCAUGCGAUCGGGCGUGCCGGAUGAUUUGAUGAUUGCAUCUGUGUUGCAUUACCGACUUUCCCGAAUACUGGCGGAAAUUUCGAAAAAGUUGUAUAGCCUUAAUCUGCCGAGGGGUUCUCCUUUUGAAGCGGCCGUCCUCUUACUUCUUGAACUGGAACGGUGGAAGGAGGGUGCCGCGCCAGUAAUGGAUCGCUGGCGAUCUCAGAUCCAGCAGCUUGCUCACUCGCACGCGGUCAUAUACAUCACUCGUCUCUUUCUCUUGAAUGACUGCGACAAUGUGCCACAAGCAAGUGUCUCUACCUACGUCCAAAAAUGCAUUGGUGCCGCCGAGGAAAUUAUGACCGUCGUCAACAGCAUCGCCCGAAAUAAAGCUCUCAUUCACGGCUUCUGGUUUACACAUUAUGUGUGCUUCUGCGCCAUUACCGUGGUUUACAUCCAUAUUAUCAAGCAUCACCAAGGAUUGCCUGGUGACAUCUCGAACAAAAAGCUGGACAGCAGCAGCAAGCUGCAGUAUCUCUUUAGCUUGGCCGAGACCUGCCAACAACAUCUCGGAAAGGCCACCUCUAAAAGCAGUCCCAGUCGUCGAUAUGGUAUAAUUUUGGAGCAAUUGCGUCUUGAGGUUCACCGACAAGUGGUAUCGAACCUCCGACCGGGGGAUGAUAUUGAGACCGAGGAGUUUGUGAAGGACAUUCCCAAAGCAGACUGCUUUCCUCAGCCUACCUUUCCUUCUACCUCCAUCAGUACUGUCCCCGCAAACCCGACUAUCACGGCCUUUGAUCCAUUGCAAAUCGAGCCCUUUGACUCUGAGCUUGUGGACGACUCUUUCAAACUAUACGACGGAGUCGGAUUUCCAGAUGGUUCGGACAAUUCAGCCUGGUGGGCGCAACUGGAUUCAUGGGCUUACACAGAUCUGUCUGAAGAGCCCUCCAUAUUUCAGUUUUAG